AUGUCUACCUUCCGUGGUGUAAUGAAGGAGUUUCCUGACGUGCGAGGUACGUCUCUUUCAAUGCCCCUCCUCCGCGUCUCUUCUGCCCCUCUUCUGCUCCUCUUCCAUGCCCUGCUAACCUUACUUCAGUGGAUUUCUUUCGAAGAGAUCCUGCGCUUCGUCCACCCCUGGCCUGCUUCCUCAGUCAUGUACAUAGUGAUCACCUUGCAGGGCUUGAAAGCUUCAAAUCCCCGUUGUAAGUGUGAUCUGCGUCUGAACAAUAGGUAUUGUCUUGCUGAUCAUGUGUGUACAGCAUCUACUGCUCCGCGGCGACGAAAGAAAUGCUCCUCAAGUUGGAAAGAUACCAGCAUCAGUUGAACUUUGAGCUUGGAAUACUGGAAUCACGGAAGUUACAGUACAAGCACUUACAGAACCUCUUGGUAGGUUUAUUCUGUGGUGCAGGUCAUGCAUGCAGUCUAGCUUACAUGUUUCUAGAAGCCAAUUCCGCUUGAGACGCCUACUCGAAUUGAGCUCUCGCCGGGAGAUGAGAUUCAAGUCACUCUGUUUGAUGCAAAUCAUUGUACUGGCGCUGUCAUGCUUCGUAAGUUCCACUCCUUCAGCUUCAACUUUUGAUUGCUGAUUCGGGCGCAGUAUUUGAAGGCGAGAACAAAGCAGUCCUUUACACGGGAGACAUACGAUCAGAGCCAUGGUUCGUCAACAAUUUGGCAAGAAAUCCGUUCUUGAUGGAGUAUACCACAGGCAUGAAGACGCUUGAGUGCGUUUACUUGGACACGAGCAAUCUGGGCCCGUAUGAGUUCCCGACCAAGGCCGAAGGUUUGAAAGAACUGCUACAAAAAGUCUCAAAGUAUCCGGCAGAUACCGUUUUCCAUUUCUCGGCUUGGACUUUCGGGUACGAAGAAGUCUGGAUGACGCUUUCUCGAUUUCUGAAUUCUCCGGUAUGUCUCUUAUACAAUUCCCACCCAAAAUCUUUCAACACUAACACCGAUAGAUUCAUGUCAGCAAAUACAACAUGCGACUAUACAGAUCACUCGGCGGACCCGAAAAUAAUUCUGGCUCAGCACUCGCCCCUGAGGCUUUAUAUUUGACUGGCUAUACUGUUGGCAACACACCUCGUCACGGAUGCUUGACAACCGACAACAAUGUACGCCUUCAUAGUUGCCGCAAAGGAACGAAUUGCCCCGCGAUCAAUGAUAGCAUCGUAUGGAUCCAGCCCAUUGUGGCAAGAACCAAAUCUGGAGCUGAGAUUGCAGAGGUUGGAGUUGGUGGUGGUGAUGGAGAUCUCUCGCAGAGCCCACAACUUGACCUCAACAACCCUGCCGUAUUUCAAAAACUUCUUCAACUGUAAGGCUAUGAUUUUGUGCUAUUACGGCUUUUUCAAAAACUAAUCUACCACCAGGGUCUCCAAUGGCGAGGGUGCUGCCGACCUCAAACUCGCACUGUCUACAGCUUUUCGCUCUUUGACAAAGGUUCUGACACUCGACGAUGCGGACUUUGAAAAAGGAGACGAGACUAGUCUUACUGAUCUAAUCAAGACCAUGACAAAAUCGCCCACGACCAAGAAAAGAGCCAGCCCAGCUCCGCCUCCAGCGUCCACUCUUCCAACUUCUGCCGAUAAGGAUGGUCUUCCUAAGCUCAUUACUUUCCCAUACUCACGCCACUCUUCAUUGCCUGAACUUCAAGACUUGGUCAGAAUCUUUAAGCCCAAGGAUGUGUAUCCAUGUACCGUCGACGAAGUCAGCUGGCACGAAGGUAAGAUAAUCGGUCAUCCUUCUAUAAACACCAUCCUUUUUUUAUACCAGGCUCAAGGGAUAUUUGAAGCUGUUAUCCGAGAAGGCAUAGAACAAUUCAGAAAUGGCCUUUCUAAUUGUUGUAGACCUUAUCUGAUACCAAGUCCCUUUAAUCCCCAUUCCAUAAUGAUAUUGGAUGCUAAUACCACCCUUAUAGCUAUUAGCAUGGAAAGUUUAUUCGGGUCUCAUUGCUCCGAUAAAAUCUUUCGACACGACAUAGAGAUGCGCGAAAUUCAAGCCGAGAUGAGAAUUCAAUUCGAUACUCUUGCCACUCAGCAAACAAAAACCACUGAGAAGUCGCAGUUGAGCUCCUAUGGGGAUAGUACUCCGACACCAGUGACCCCUUCUCCCAACAAACCUGCUGUUCAGAGCUCUAGACCUGAAGAUAGCGUAACAUCGCUUGACGGUCGUCCUCCCGGCGCUCGUCGUACUCUUAGUGGGACUCCUCCUACAGGGACUCUUUUUGACUCAUCACCAGGAGGAAAUUCGCAGUCUUUGCGUAGAAAAGCAGUAGGAGACGGCUUCGAUCCAGAGGACCGCUCGAAGCGACCACGUCUCAGUCCCUCAUCAGUCAACUCUACGCUUCUCCCCCGAAGUAACAAUGGUCCAGCUGCGAUUUUAGCAGACAACAAAGAAUCUGCGAUUGCCCAAACUACGGUGGGUCUGAGCUCCAAGGCAAAUACACAGCCUGUGCUUGUUGAACAAAAAAUACACUCUAAGCACGCAGAACAAGACGUAAAUGAAAUGCUACAGAACUCUUCCAGUUCACUCGGAUCCGUCCAUCCAAGUAGCGAAUCCGACUCCGGUAGCGACUCAGAAUCCGGAAUCCCUCAUACUUAUGAGAGUGGUAGUUUGUAUUUCGGACUCGAGUGGGAUAGUUAUGGAACAUGGAACGACAGAGUCGAUCGCGUGGUUCGUUGUGGAAGAUGCAGUCAUGAGUAUUGGGGCAAAUAUGCUGGAUGCUGCACCAAUUGUAGCCCGCUUAAGGUCCGAGGCCAGCUUUCAGAUGAAGAAAUUGAAGUGCUUCCAUAUGUGGAGGUACAAAAGCCACACACGGAGCUCAAUGAAGACGGAUAUCGUCCACUUCCAACCUACGAGAUUAACCCGGAUAUGCGAGAUCCUUACGGUGAGGAGACUUUGAUUUCACACCAAGACAUUUGCGAGCCGUAUCUUGAUUGUGGCUCAUCUGCAUAUGAUUCUCAAGACGAUGACCCAGACUUUCAACAACAGUACGAAAUCAAUAGCUUCAUCGACGACGAUGAACCGGAGUCUGAGAGCGAGGAUGAAGAUGUUCAUGAUGACGAAAUAGACUACAAGGAGAAGUUUCUCAAGGCCGAGGAAGACCACCGUGCGCUUCAGCAAAGUCACCUCGCGCUGCGCAACCGACACGCAGCACUGACGGCUGAUUUCGAAGGCUUGCGACGUGAUAUCUUGGGGUCGGAAUUUGAUAGCGAGGAUAUGCUUGAGUAUGCAGAAGACUUGGAGGGUGGCUUGGAAGAUGGACUUUUGGUUGUGGAUGUUCCGCCGCCAGAUCCUCUUCUUGCGGAGGUUGUGCUUACAGAUAGCGGGGCUGAAGAUACAUCAAAUGAUUCUCUGAUGGGUGAGUUGCGUGAGUUGGAACGCGUGAACGAUGAGCAGUCUGCAGCUGGUGCGGGUGUUGGCUCUAGUGUGCACGGUGGGGAAUAUGGUAUGGUUACACCUGAGAAUAAUCAUACCGUUAUGGAGGAUGAGUUGUAG